AUGUCGACCAUUACUACUACUUCCCAAUCACGAAAGCGGGCUCUAUCCAAUGUUAAACCGAGUAAUAAGGAACGUCCGACCCGUGUUGAUGACGCUGAUACGGUCGCUUCUGUAGUUGACCACGACGCUCUGCGAUCGAAAAAAGGCAAAAUGUUGAAGUUUAGUGACUGGGAUCCAACGCUAUACUUGGAGAAUAAAGCGAGUGUUGCGAGAGAUCAUUUGGCUAAUGAAAGAACAUUCCUGGCAUGGUUGCGCACGUCCCUCUCAUUCAUAAGCAUUGGCAUUGCGAUCGUCCAACUUUUUCGCCUGAGUUCCUCGGACGGGCGGUCAGGUUCUGUCAAAACGGGCACACCCCUUGGCAUAACGUUUGUGGUGGUCGGCAUAGUAUUUCUAUGCUUUGGCGUUGCAAGAUAUUUCCAUUCGCAAUGUAUAAUGAUUAAGGGAGAAUUCCCGGCGAGCCGAGGAAGUGUCACGAUUGGAACAAUACUAACUUUAACGACUCUCGGCGGAUGUCUGGUCGUAUUGACUAUUGUAGGGUCUGGUUAA